CCCACACCACCACGACCACCUUUUUCACCCCACACGCCAUUCUCUUUGACACCCCAUUACUCGCAAGCAUCAAUCCAUCCACUCAAUCAGACAAGAGUGCUCAACUCUCCCCCUCGGGGGCUACCCAGCGACACCAAACUUGCCUGCAUAAAACGACUUGACGAGCCGUAUUUUAUCGCCCCGCCGUAGCGGUGGCUCUGGCCCAUUAUGAAGUACCUCCUAGGGUACCUCGAGGGCAUAUCCGAUGCACCGAGCCUCUCGGAUCCCGACUUUCAACAACUGUUGGUCGACGUACAGGCCUCCAAGCCGCAUACCAAGUCGAGCGAUGUGUUCUACGAAUCCAUGGAAAGGAUUGUCAACGACUUGAGGAGCACGCCUGAAGCAGCUGCCUUCCUCAAGCCCGUGUCCAAGCGCGAUGCGCCGGACUAUUACCAGUACAUUACGAAGCCCAUGGACUUGUCGACAGUGCUCCGCAAUGUCAAGACACACAAGUACAAGACCAAGGCCGAGUUUGCGACGGAUCUCGACCUGAUCUGGCAGAACUGCCUCACUUAUAACACGACGAUGAACCACCCGCUUCGCUCUGUUGCCCAGUACAUGAGGCAGAAGACAGACCACCAGCUGAGCGUCUUGCACGACCGCGAUGAGCGGGGGCACAAUCCAUUGCUGGCGCUCUUGGCAGCGUCCGGAGCCCCUGCGGAGCUUCAGCGGGCCGUGUCCCAGCAGCCGAGCGUCGGUGCGCCGACGACCGCCGCCGAGGACGAGGACGCGGCCGGAGAGAGUGACGACGCAAUGGGCGAGGAAGACGACGCUGCGCGACCAGGCAAUGAGCAGACUCCAGCUCCGGGACACGAGGACCCAAAUGGGAGGGCGACCCCAGCAGUCGAUGCUAGCCGAGAUGGACGGGCAACUAGCGUCGGAUCGGCUCUUGGGGAGCGGCGAGUGAAUGGGCGAAUGAAUGGGGAGAAGCAGAGUCCCCCGCCAUUUCGUCCCAAUCUCCAGGCCAACCUGGAGCUCACACCCGCACUGAUCCGAACGCCCUACACCAUGACCCACUUCCAGCCCGUUUCCCUCAGCACACCAGGCCCGUCCUUUUCCGACAAGGGAAUGGCCCGCGAGAUUCUCUAUGGCAACGCACCGCCUCCCUGGUUCCCAGUGUCUGUGACGACAGAUGACGAAGACGCAAAGUUGGAGGGCUACUGGUGGGGAGUCACUGGCAAGGACGAGGCAUAUGUCUCAGGCCUUCCAGCAGUCCCAACCAUGGUCCAAGGUCCGUCGUCAAAGAGGAAACGCAUCUCGCAGCGCCGUGGCUCCAUGUCGCCAAAGCAGCCGAACGGCACAAACGGCACGGCCCGGCGGCCGCGGUCCGAUUCGGAGCCGCCCGCAUUGAUUCCCUCCAAGCCAGUGUCCUUGGAGAGGCUGGUCCACAAGUCGAUCGACUCGCUGGCUGAGACACGGCGAACGAUGAACUUGAUCCAGGAGUGGCAGCGGUUUGAGAUCGAGGGUGGUCCGCCACCUCCACCAUUGGAGCCGCCAGACCUGGAGCGGAAACGAAAAGCCGAGGAGCAAGCCGAUCUGAAGCGCAAGCGGAAAGAAGCUCGCGUCGAGGCCAAUAAGCGGAGGAGGAUGGGUGGGGAGGUUGGAGAGGAGGAGGCUACGCUGUCAUUGAAGAGGGCAGUUGCUGGGAUGUUGGCGCACGCUGGUUUCGAGGGUGCCAACGAAAUCCCCCUCGACAUGUUCACACGGGUGGCCGGCGACUACCUGCGCAACAUGGGCCGCACCUUCCGACUGCUAUUAGAUGGGUUCUCGCACAAGAUGGACACUGAGGAGAUGGUGCUGCACGCGCUGCACGAAAACGGCCAGGUCGAGUUGCGUGACCUGGAAGCACACAUGAAAGACGACAUCCAGCGCGACGCUGCCAAGAUUGCCGAGACGCAGCGCAAGGUCAGGCAAGCGUACAAGGAGGUUACAACAGGCCCUGUCAUCGAAGACGACAUGCUCUUUGCGGCCGACGGCGACAUGCUGCGACAUGGCGACUUUGCCGAAGACCUCGGCGAGGAUUUCCUUGGCCUUCGCGAGUUGGGCAUCGACCGCGAGUUUGGUCUCAACUCGCUCAGUGUGCCCAAGGCCUUGUUCUUUGGCCGGCGCGGACGCGGCAACGAGCAAGCCGCGGCGCUCAAGGAAGACGCACCAGACUACGCCCCGCCGCCUCCGUUCAUCCCGCUCAAUGUCAACACGUACAAACAGCACGUGCCCGCGCUGUUGCAUGCGUUCUACGCGCAGCGCCUUGAGAAGGGUCUGGGCUUUGAUGCCGAUGACGCGUUCGACUCUGUGCACGCGACGAUCGGGCCGCUAGGCCAGAUUGUGCAAAAGUCGGCGGCGGCAGCGGCACCGAAGAAGGGCCAGGGCAAGAAGGAUGCCAAUGGCGAGGAGAAGAAGGAGAAGAAGUCGGCAAAGAAGACUGGCCAACCUGGUGUCGGCAAGGGCAACUGGAUUAGACCGUCCAAGGAGGAAAGAGAGAGGAGAGCGGCGGAAAAGAAGGCGCAGCUGGAGCGUCUGCGGCAGGAGCGGGAGGGCGAAGCUGGAGCGAGUGCCAGCGCGCCGGCGACGACUGCAGGUGGUGAGGAGGAGGACGCACAGGGGGAAGAGGAGUAGAGGGUGUAGGUAGUGUUGAGAUUAUGAGCAGCUAGAGGUUACAGUUGUCUUGAGAGUAUAUGUGAGCG